AUGGUGGAAAUGAUGGCUCUCCUCCGCAAGCAAGGAGUUACAAUGAUCCCGUCCUUGGACGAUCUCCUGAUAAAGGCAAGGUCCAAAGACAAGUUGCUACAGGACAUUGUACUGUCCCUGUCUGUUCUGCAACAACACGGCUGGCUUUUAAACUUGCCGAAAUCACAGUUAAUCCCGACAACGCGGUUGGCGUUUUUGGGCAUGAUUCUGGACACAAUCCAGCAUUCUGCAUUAGGAAGACCAAUAUCCGGCCGUCUCUACUCCGGCCCAGCUGCGGUUCCUCUUCCCGACCAACGGAAGAACCCCCGAGUUCUCAACUCUCUCAAUCCAGCAGAUGGACACACAAGCAGGAAUAUCUCAGAAGGACAUCUAAUGUUAUCGCUGGAUUGUGAAAGAAGAGAUGACAGUAGACAGGAUUCUUCAGGAGCUAAUCCCAUUACCCCAAUUAUUCAUCCAACUCUAUCAACUGAUCCCUCUGAUCCUGGGAAAUGUUCUCCUGAUCACUCUGAUAUUGGUGCAUCUGUUACAGCUCUGACAGCAGGUGAGAGGCCAUUUCCGUGUUCUGAUUGUGGGAAAUGUUUUACAUACAAAUCGUAUCUUCUUAGACAUCACAGAAGUCACACAGGUGAGAAGCCAUUUCCAUGUUCUGAGUGUGGGAAAUGUUUUGCACACAAAUCAGAUCUUGUUCAACAUCACAGAAGUCACACAGGUGAGAAGCCAUUUCCAUGUACUGAGUGUGGGAAAUGUUUUGCACGGAAAUCACAUCUUGUUGAACAUCAGAGAAGUCACACAGGUGAGAAGCCAUUUCCAUGUUCUGAGUGUGGGAAAUGUUUUGCACACAAAUCAGAUCUUGUUUCACAUCAGCGAAGUCACACAGGUGAGAAUCCAUUUCCAUGUUCUGAGUGUGGGAAGUGUUUUGCACACAAAUCAGAUCUUCUUAGACAUCAGAGAAGUCACACAGGGGUGCAGCCAUUUUCUUGCUCUGAGUGUGGGAAAUGUUUUUCCUGGAAAUCGCAACUUGUUACACAUCAGCGAAGUCACACAAGUGAAAAGCCAUUUCCAUGUUCUGAGUGUGGGAAAUGUUUUGCACAGAAAUCACUUCUUGUUAUACAUCAGAAAAGUCACACAGGUGACAAUCCAUUUUCUUGCUCUGAGUGCAGGAAAUGUUUUACCCAGAAAUCACUACUUGCUACACAUCAGCGAAGUCACACAGGUGAGAAGCCAUUUCCAUGUUCUGAGUGUGGGAAAUGUUUUGCACACAAAUCAGAUCUUGUUAAACAUCACAGAAUUCACACAGGUGAGAAGCCAUUUCCAUGUUCUGUGUGUGGGAAAUGUUUUGCACACAAAUCAGAUCUUGUUUCACAUCAGCGAAGUCACACAGGUGAGAAGCCAUUUCCAUGUUCUGAGUGUGGGAAAUGUUUUGCACACAAAUCAGAUCUUGUUACACAUCAAAGAAGUCACACAGGUGAGAAGCCAUUUCCAUGUUCUGAGUGUGGGAAAUGUUUUGCACACAAAUCAGAUCUUCUUAGACAUCAGAGAAGUCACACAGGUAAGAAGCCAUUUUCUUGCUCUGAGUGUGGGAAAUUUUUUGCACUCAAAUCAUUUCUUGUUAGACAUCACAGAAUUCACACAGGUGAGAAGCCAUUUCCAUGUUCUGAGUGUGGGAAAUGUUAUGCACACAAAUCAGAUCUUGUUUCACAUCAAAGAAGUCACACAGGUGAGAAGCCAUUUCCAUGUUCUGAGUGUGGGAAAUAUUUUGCACACAAAUCAAAUCAUCUUAGACAUCAGAGAAGUCACACAGGUGAAAAGCCAUUUUCUUGCUCUCAGUGUGGGAAAUGUUUUUCCCGGAAAUCAAAACUUGUUAUACAUCAGCGAAGUCACACAGUUGAGAAUCCAUUUCCAUGUUCUGAGUGUGGGAAAUGUUUUACACAGAAAUCACAUCUUGUUAAUCAUCAGCAAAGUCACACAGGUGAGAAGCCGUAUUCCUGUUCUGAGUGUGGGAAAUGUUUUGCAUUCAAAUCACAUUUUGUUAUUCAUCAGCAUACUCACACAGGUGAGAAGCCAUUUCCAUGUUCUGAGUGUGGGAAAUGUUUUGCACGGAAAUCAGAUCUUAUUAAACAUCAGAGAAGUCACACAGGUGAGAAGCCGUAUUCCUGUUCUGAGUGUGGGAAAUGUUUUACACAGAAAUCAGCUCUUGUUACACAUCAGAGUAGUCACACAGGUGAGAAGCCAUUUUCCUGUUCUGAGUGUAGGAAAUGUUUUCCACGGAAAUCAGCUCUUGUUGCACAUCAGAGAAGUCACUCAGGUGAGAAGCCGUUUUCCUGUUCUGAAUGUGGGAAAUGUUUCGCAUGUAAAUCAGUUCUUGUUAGACAUCAGAGACGUCACACAGGUGAGAAGCCGUUUUCCUGUUCUGAGUGUGGGAAAUGUUUUACACAGAAAUCAGCUCUUGUUACACAUCAGAGUAGUCACACAGGUGAGAAGCCAUUUUCCUGUUCUGAGUGUAGGAAAUGUUUCGCAUUUAAAUCAGUUCUUGUUAGACAUCAGAGAAGUCACACAGGUGAGAAGCCGUAUUCCUGUUCUGAGUGUGGGAAAUGUUUCACAUUUAAAUCAGUUCUUGUUAGACAUCAGAGACGUCACACAGGUGAGAAGCCGUUUUCCUGUUCUGAGUGUGGGAAAUGUUUUGCAUUCAAAUCACAUUUUGAUAUUCAUCAGCAUACUCACACAGAUGAGAAGCCGUAUUCCUGUUCUGAGUGUAGGAAAUGUUUUGCACGGAAAUCAGAUCUUGUUGCACAUCAGAGAAGUCACACAGGUGAGAAGCCGUUUUCCUGUUCUGAGUGUGGGAAAUGUUUUGCAUUCAAAUCACAUUUUGAUAUUCAUCAGCAUACUCACACAGGUGAGAAGCCAUUUCCAUGUUCUGAGUGUGGGAAAUGUUUUGCACGGAAAUCAGAUCUUGUUGCACAUCAGAGAAGUCACACAGGUGAGAAGCCAUACUUCUGUUCUGAGUGUGGGAAAUGUUUUGCACAGAAAUCACAUCUUGUUCUACAUCAGAGAAGUCAUACAGGUGAGAAGCCGUAUUCCUGUUCUGUGUGUGGGAAAUGUUUUGCAUAUAAAUCAAAUCUUGUUACACAUCAGAGGAGUCACACAGGUGAAAAGCCAUUUUCAUGCUGUGAGAGAAAUAAAUCCGCUCUUGUUGAACAUAUUAGACAUUACCCAAAUGCGGAACCAUUUACAUCUUCGGGAGUAUAAUUAUCACUGUCAUGCAAUGUUCCUCAAGGGUCAACCUUAUCUCCUAUGCUUUAUGCAAUAUAAAUGCUACCACUGGGUGAUAUAAUCAGACGUCUUGGCCUGGUCUACCACUGCUAUGCAGAUGACCUGCUUUUUGCUCCAUGUACUGAGAACCUAAUACCAAUCCUAAAUGGUUGUCUAGCUGAGCGCCAUGGGUGGAUGAUGCCAGUUGGCUGUGACUCAGUCUUUGUGAAACAUAAUAGAAGCUCACCAACAAAGGACAAGACUUUACCAACCAUCUGGAUUUAUGCUUUGGUGUACAGAAUUGAAAAUACUGAACAUGUGCUGAAUCUUUGUGUUGUCCUGGUAUGUGGCUGACACAGACAUCAGGUAUCUGCCACAUACAAAUCCUCAUUCUUCCAUCUGUGGACCAUAGCCAGAAUCAAGCACUUGAUUCCCUCAGAAGUUCAUAGACUACUGCAAUGCCAUCUACCUGGGUCUACCAGCAAAAGAAUUACAGAGCUUGCAGCUAGUACAGAAUGCAGCAGCAAAGCUGUUACCUAACCAGCCCGUUCCUGCCUCAUAACACCCAUUCUCUACUCCCUUCACUGGCUGCCUGUAAGAUGACAAAUCUAUUUCAUAAUUGGCUAACUGACUUUCCCAGCUCAACAUUACAUGGUCCAAGGUACUAGAAGCAGCUUCUGUCUCCUUACUGCCCUGCUUGCUUGCUUCUAUAGAUGGACUGUUACCAGCAGUACCAAGAAUCUCCUGUCAUUCAUUUAUGGGUUGAAUGUUUAGCUUUGUAGCCCUGACCAUGGAACUCACUGCCUUGCACAGUCCAAGAGGCCUGCACUCUAGAGACCUUCACAAGCAGACUGAUGACUGUUACUCACGCUUUUCAUUAAUGUACCUCUAUUUCUCAUACGUCCUAGAGGAUGCUGGGGAUUCCAAAAGGACCAUGAGGUAUAGACGCAUCCGCAGGAGCUUGGGCACACUGUAAAGACUUAAACUGGGUGUGAACUGGCUCCUCCCUCUAUGCCCCUCCUCCAGACCUCAGUUAGCCUUUGUGCCCAGGAGUGAUGGAUCACACACUAGGGGAGCUCUACUGAGUUUCUCUGAAAGACUUUGUUAGGUUUUUUAUUUUCAGGGAGACCUGCUGGCUACAGGCUCCCUGCAUCGUGGGACUGAGGGGAGAGAAGCAGGACCUACUUCUGUGAGUUUCAAGGCUCUGCUUCUCGGCUACUGGACACCAUUAGCUCCAGAGGGUUCGAUCACUUGGUGCGCCUAGCUUCUUGUUCCCGGAGCCACGGCGUCAAUCCCCUCACAGAAGCCAGAAGAAAGAAGUCGGGUGAGUAUUGGAAGAAAAGAAGACUUCAGACGGCAGAAGACUUCAGUAAUGGAAGUACAGUGGUAGUGCUGCUCUUCAUGCUCCCACACACCAACGGCACUCACAGGGUGCAGGGCGCUGGGGGGGGGAGCGCCCUGGGCGCAUGUUACUGGUCUGCUUAAUGUGAACAACUGGCAAAAAAAAAAAGCAUUUAGGUGCCGAGGUACCGUGGUUCAUCCCCCGCCAGUAUACUUUAAUUAUUUCCCCGCCACCGCUUAUACGGGUGCAGGGCGCGCGGGGGGGGGGGGGCGCCCUGGGCAGCGAGUCAGUUUUAACAGUUCUUACUCUCGCUGCCGGGGGCUCCAUAUACAGACCCCGUCAGCCGCCAUGGGGUACAGGGCACCGGGAUGUGGUGGCGCCCGGGGCAGCAUAGAUAGUUAGAUCUCCCGGGCGCCGCACACGGGGACCCACCUGAGAGCGGCAGGUGCGCGAUGCGCCGGAACUCCCGCUUCCCGAACGUUGUCUGGGGUGCACGGCGCGCAGGGGGGCGCCCUGAGCAGCAUGGUGCUGAGUGUAUGUAUAUAUAUAUAUAUAUAUAUAUACCCUAUAUUUAGUACUCGGCCUAUUUGGUUUUCAGAUCCAGGGGGGCUAUAGCGCGCCGAGAGGGGCGGAGCUUAGCCUCACACACUGAGUCAGCGCCAUUUUUCCCUGCUGUCCCCGCCAAGAACAAACAGUGGGGAACGCAAUGUUUGGACUGUGUUGCCCUCCCAGAGGUGUAAUCUCCCUGUGUAUAGGGUCCCCCGGCUCAAUAUAGGGUUUUAUAUAUAUAUAUAUAUAUAUAUAUAUUAUUUUUUUGUCGAGCGGGCUUAAGUGCUCCGGGAAGGGGCGGAGCUUAGACCUCACAGAGGGGUCAGCGCCAUUUUCCAAAGUUCCCCAUCGGGACUUGCUGUAUACUAAGAAGGAAGGGGGACACAGAGUGUUUUAAUGCUGUAUGGGUGUCAUACAGCAUUAGGAUUGAUAAUGGACGCAGAAUCCUUGUUGUAAUACAUAAAUACACUGUUUCCCUGUUUUGUUUACCCACUAUUGGUUAGUCGACGUGUGUCGACAGGUGUGAGGGCUUUGUCAAAGGCGCCUGUGGGGAUAACUGUCGGUUUCGCCGACGCUUGCCGGUACUUGAUUCAAACAACUAAGUAUUGACAGGUUACUUUUGUGUGCUUAAAAAAACAAGUAAACACACUAGGGGAGACACGGUGGUCGGUCGAUGCCCUGUCGGCAUCAACGGUAAUGCCUGGCUAAAAGAAUUAACAAGCUGUUAUUGCCUGGUGCCUGUAUUGGUAUUUAUAUAUUUUGUUUAUAUAUAAGUAGGGGGAGUGUUAUUACAAUUGUAGAGGUAUGCUUCCCUCAGACCCCUUGGGGUUUCCAAGAUUGUGAUUAUUCUGCCGCUUACUAUUCCGGGCUGUCGACAUUUCCUCAGUUUCUGUCGGCCGUAAAGUUCCUGGUAGAUCCACAUGGGGGGCAUGUCAGUACAUGGUCAUACACAUUACUGUCACUAGGGACCUGACGGGUCUGGACAAUCCACUUGCGUAUAGGUUAUGUCUAUAUGUAUUUAUGUGCAGCUAUGACUUUAUAUAUGCAUGAUUACGAUAUAUGUGUUAUAUUGUGUAUUACAUGAUGUAUAUACAUGAAUGCUGAAAUAAUGGUGUUCUUCUCAUGGGCUGGUCGCUCUGUUGAUUAAGCUCUAGAUUGGCCGGGACGAGUUGGUUUCGAUGCUCUCAAGGAGUCCGAAUAUUAAUCUCUUCACAACGCGGAGAGAAAUCUAUGACAGUCAACUCCUGGUCGACGCAGAGCCCGGUCGCAAAGGAUCAUACACAGGCAGCUAAGUGAAAUUUUAUUUCUAUACUUUGACCUUAUUUGCAAUGUAUGCACUUGAGGGAGUGUGGUAGUCGGGUAAGCAUCCGAUAGAAUUAUCCUGCCCAGAGUGGGUAGGGCUUGCCUAUGUUUAUUUUUCCUUAUAACAUUACAGCAGGCUGCCACGUGACAGUAGGUGGUGUGACCGGAAAAAUGCGGAGGUCGUCUCCAGGAGAUGCUGGUGGGAGGUAUACAGCUGUUUGGUGUGGCCUCUCUUCAGUUAAUCUCGGCGGUAUCCGCUGAUGAGGCUAAAUUCGUGAGUUAACCUCCUUCACAACGGUGGAUGACGCAUUCUUUUGUGGGAUGCAGUCUAUAACCGGUUCGAGACCGUUCUUUUUCUUUUUCCUUUUCUGUGUAGACAGUGGAAGGUGAAAAGGUAAGUGUUCUGCAGCCUUGUUAGGUUCGCAGAAGUGGACGUAGUUUCUGUUUCCACUACAUACACCACUUGUCGCUGAGUCUAUCUGGCUGGUCCCCACUUCGGUGACCACUUGUCCACUAAUUUUCAGUUAGUCUAGGAAUAGACUACGACAUGUGAGUUAUUUAUAGAAGCCAAAGGGGAACAUUCUGAGUUACGGUUGUUUCCCCUUACUGUUUUUUCUAAUAGAUUUUGCCACUCCCCUAUGGAAGGGGAGGUAACACGCAACGCCUUACAGAGGUGCGUCACGUUCAGGACAUUGUCUGGUUGUCCCUGUAAAAAGGUGCAUAUCCUUGUUUAUCUCUGACGGUUCUUCGGCGCAGAAAUGGGCCUGUUGUUCCCAAUGACGCAGAUGUCAGAAGUGGUUUUCAGAGUAGAUACUGACCGGUUAAGGUUUGGUGUUUUCCUGUGGAAAGAGGUCUGAGGUUCCAGAGUUGGAUCGACUUUGAGGUGACACCUCAUCAAUAGGUUCCAUUAAGAAGAUGCUGCAAGAGAGGUUUUUUUUCAGAGAGCAGGUCUAAUACCAGAGUGAUUUUCAUGGGACCAGUUGGAAAUGUGGUCCGGGUCUCACCUGCGCAUCCACCGGAAUAUAAUCAAAACGGCCAGGACAUCGCUCCUGUGGUGUCUGCUCGAUUUUUUUCCUUCUAGAGGGAUAAAGGUUUAGAUCUUGGUGUCCGUGCAUAUAGAUCUCCGAAGCUGGGGAGCAGUCCUUUGCAAGGGACGUAUUUCCAGAGGAUGAGGUCAGGUUGGGAAACUUGUCUGCUGUAAGUUUUGGAAUUAAGAGCUAUUUUAGACUAACGUAUUCUUCAUGCUCUGCCGUGUUAAUUCUGCCAGAAGCCUUGUCAGAAAUGGCGUAAGUAAUCCGCUAGGGCGGAACAAAAAAAAAACGAAAAUGGCAGAAGAUGCACUGUUUGCAGUUGAGGGGGAAGUCUGGUAAACGCUAUGUUAGCAGUCUUCAUUCCGGAGGUAAACGACGGAGACAUAGAUUUCCUUUGCGGACAUGAUAUUCAGCCGGGAAAAAUACUGUCAUUAUUGAGAAGCUUUCCCAGACGUGCCAAGUCUUUGUGGAGUGUCGCAAUUGGACAUGUUGGCGUUUCGCCUCAACAUGAGACCUCGAGGAGAGGGUUCCAGGUUAAGAGACACUCGGGAUAUAGCAGCGGACAUCCCUGUGACACCGUGGGUGUUUUUAGUCGGUCGAGGUGGCCUCUUCGCUUUCACAUUUCUGGCAGUGGUAAGCGUAAGAUGAUCGAUGAUCCUCUGAACUCCGGUCUAACCAGAGAGGGUUGGCUAUCCAGUUUUCAUGGUUUACUCAUAGAAAAUUACUGCCCUCUUCCUUUUACGUGAGGUAAUGUUACAACAGGAUCAGGGCGUGUAUCAGGACUUACCGCGGCUGCGUCUAAUGGCGGGGCGGUUGAAGGUCGUAUCCUAAGCUGAAUGGGUGUUCCCAGUGAAGUCGUUUCUUCAAUUCUUCCGGCUUGGAAAGAACUCACGGCACAGCGUUACAACCGUUGUUGGAGUAAUUAUGUGUCUCGGUGUGUAUCCAGGAAGGCUCCUAUGGAGGACUUUCAGCUAGGUCGUGCUUAUCCAUACGUUACAAGCCGAUGUGAAGGCAAGACUAUUACGUUUUUUUGCGGAAAUUUUUCUCGUUUGGAAAGUGGUCAGGUUUUUGACUUCGACGUCCGCAAGGCGGGUGUCGGAAGUGGUGGUCUUGUCCCACAAGAGCCUUGUUUGAUCUUUCAGGUGGAUAGAGAGGAAUUGAGUACUCGGUUGAUAGUUCUACCAAGAGGGGGUUCGCAGAAAUCAGGCUUUUGUUGAUGCCGGGGGUUACUUAGGCAUUAGCUGGUUCAAACCCCCUUGCUCUAGCCAGGGUUUUGAGUAUGCAAGUCCUCUAUUUGGCUUAGUUUGGAGUAACAGAGGCCCUGUUUAUGUGGUAUGUUCCCAGCUUACUUUGGGAGACUGCGUUAUGCAGUUUGUUACAUGCUGAAUCUGUGAUGCGGUCUGGCAUGUUUGUUCUACGGCUGCUUUGCCGUCACCGAAGUCGGUGGAGGUUCCUUCUUUUGGGAAGAUGGGAUUUUCUUGGGCGAAUGCCCGAGGAGUCUCGGCGGUUCAACUUUGCCGAGCGGAUUCUUGGUCGGGGUCAAAAGUUUUUGCCAUGCUUUACAAGUUUGAUACCCGGAUUGUUGAGGACCUUAUGUUUGCUCAUUCGGUGCUGCAGAGUCUUCCGCACUCUCCCGCCCGUUUUGGAGCUUUGGUAUAAACCCCAUGGUCCUUUUGAAAUCCCCAGCAUCCUCUAGGACGUAUGAGAAAAUAGGAUUUUGGUACCUACUGGUAAAUCCUUUUCUCUUGGUCCGUAGAGGAUGCUGGGCGCCCAUCCCAGUGUGUACUGUGUCUACAGUUAUUGCUUUUUGGUUACACCCUGGUGGUGUGUCUUCUCUGUCUGGUGGUUGCUACCGUUGUUCAUGACAUAGCAUGCAGGGUCCUAUUUUUGUUUCUGUGGACACAUGGGUUGUGUUACAUAUUCUCUUAGGGUUUUGUUCAUGCCGUUGACUGGUAUUCUACUGAAUGCCACGUUCUACGGUGUGUUUGAGGUCUGAGCUGGUAUGACACUCACUGUGUUUAUAACAAUAAAUUCUUUCCUCGAAAUUGUCCAUCUCUCCUGGGCACAGUUUUCUAACUGAGGUCUGGAGGAGGGUCAUAGAGGGAGGAUCCAGUUCACACCCACUUUAAGUCUUUACAGUGUGCCCAAGCUCCUGCGGAUCCGUCUAUACCCCAUGGUCCUUUUGGAAUCCCCAGCAUCCUCUACGGACUAAGAGAAAAGGAUUUACUGGUAGGUACCAAAAUCCUAUUUUACUUCCUAAAUAAUACAUCCCAAAUGCUUAGGUCUUUUUUCUGCUGUUUAUUUUGUAUCUUGUGCUUUGUAUAAAUGUGAAUGUCUAAUACCAGUUUCCACAAUCUGUAUUGCUGCACGACAAUAUGGCGGCCAUUGGAACGUGUUUUCACUUCUAGUUUGCCUAACUUGUUGCAGACACUCAUCUUGAUAAGGAGUGCUGAGUGUUUUCUGAUACAAGAUCCUAUCCAUAUAUACCCUGUACAUUACCAUGUGCAUUAGAGUCACCCGGGUUCCAUCUGCUGUGGUUUGUUGUAUGUUACAUCUAUAUGGUGCGGAGACUCCCCUGUAUUUCAUAAUAAAAGCUUUUGUUUGCAUCUAAUUAUUGCAUUAAAUAUUUUAUUUUUA